UGAGCCAGCAUAUGGCGUACCGCUACUUGCUGACCGAUUCAUUACGAACUAUCAACCAGUUUGCGUGUAGAGAAAAAGGAAACAUCUAGGUUGGUCGUGCGCGCCGACACAGUUUUUCCUAGGUAGACAGCCAGUUUUUCGCCCGAGUAAAACCGAACGGCUUUGGCAGGGGAAUGCUCGUCGAUACUGUUUAGUUUCUGAAGUAAAUAGUUGUUGUGUAAAUUUAUUUAUAAUGGCUGUCAGAGCAACAUUUGCCAGCUUAAUUGGUAGAAGAAUGUGUGAUCCAAUUGUGAUGGCCUUGAUUUACGUUCUGUGUCUGUCAUUUUCUGUGAUAAAUGCUCAAGAUAAAGAAAUCUAUCAAGGAAAAUUCCUGGGGAAACUAAACUCUUAUCAUCACCAGGUGGCCGGUGAAGUCUACGCAGUGGAUGAAUACACAUUUCUAAUAAAAAAUUUCAUUUAUGAUGGAAAUGGACCAGAUACGUUUUUCUGGGUUGGCUCGUCAACAAGACCUGGGCCACAAGGGUUCAUCAUUCCCAACGAAAAAGGGAGAACUAAUGUGCUUUUACCUUACCUCAACAAAGACUUUACUCUUAAGAUGUCUGAUGGGAAGAAAAUCACUGAUAUCAAGUGGCUAUCCAUCUAUGAUCUUACUAUUCAAGAAAACUUUGGAGAUAUUUCAAUUGAAGAAGGCUUUGAACCUCCAUCCUCCCAAAUAUUAACAGAGUUGUCACGACGAGCCCAUAGAGUUUCUUCACUUUCUGUGGUCAUCGUGGAUUCUAAAACUAUCUCACUGCCAGAAUUCAACUACGAUGGUCUUGGAACGGAUACAUACUUUUGGGUAGGAGUUGGCCCUCAGCCAUCCGUUAAAGGUUUUAAAGUUCCGGACGAGAAAGGCUACCUAAGCCCGCUGAGAUCCUACCGAGACGAGAAUGUCAUACUUCGUCUGCCUGGAGAGCUUACCGUCUUUGAUAUUGAUUGGUUUAGCGUCUUUAAUGUUGAAACUGGUGAAAACUUCGGCUCCAUCAUCAUUCCAGACAACCUCAAUGUACCACCGUCUCUAAUAAAAGUUCUGCCACAUACGAGUACAUUGCCCAACUGCGAACCGCUCCACCGGGACCUCCAAGUAUCUUGGGAAAUCUUUGGGCCAGCAAUCACCAUCGAGAUUGCAGGGCGCGUCGCCGACGAUGAAUACAUUGCUUUUGGUUUGAGCGGAUCUACCACAGAAGCACGAAUGGAGGGCGGAGACGUUGCUAUUCUCUACAUGGACACGUAUCAAGGAUAUGCUACGGAUUACAAUAUUACAGCUAAAUCUUCGUGCGUGAGUGUUUUGGGAGCCAAUCGGGGAGUCUGCCGAGAUGAUCAAGUGGGAGGAACCGAUAAUCAUCAGUUCUAUCUGGGAUCACGCGUUGACGGACUCACCGUCAUAACUUACCGACGAUCGCUCAUUCCUUCUGAUGCAGAAGAUCAAGUGGUCCCCACGGAUCGACCAGCCAGCUUGAUUUGGGCCGUAGGGAAAUUGGACAAAUAUAAACGCCCCACCUUUCACCGGCUCUGGGCUCGUCAUCCUGUAUUGUUGGAUCUCGGUCGAACAACAGUCCAAAAAAAUUGCGUUUCCUUUCUGGACGUCAAAGAACCUAAACCAGCACCCUGGGAUCCAGUUAAAAUACUCGAACCCUCUCUGAGGCUCAUUCGGUUUAUGGUUGGUCCGUCUGGUGGGCAAAGAGGCUAUGAAGGAAUAACCGGGCAACCGGCAUCGGACUUAGCUUGGUACGUCAAUGGCUACAUUGCUCCUGAGCUGUUUUUACGACGAGAGCUUGUUUACAACUUCCAAGUCGAAGGCGGUAACGAUCCACAUAGCCCGACUCAUUAUCACCCACUUAUUAUUACUGACGAACCGAUCGGUGGCUACGAGCAAUUCAAUGAGGAGCAACGUAAGGGCAUUCGUGUUCUAGCUGGCGUGGAAUUCACGCGCCGUGGGCAGCCGCGCCCCAUCGCUGCUGGCAGACUCUGUUUGUGGCGACAAACCAGUCAACGAGACAGACGUCUUGACAAUGAUGUCACAUCAUUCCAGAAAUUCCGCAACAAUUUACAGCUUUUAUGUGAAGAAAAGGGUCAAGCGGCCAACAUGGAAAUACGACCUGACAACUCUUGGCCAGACGUUGUUUACUAUCACAGUUACACUCACCCAGGCAUGGGAUGGAAGAUAAAUAUUGUCGACCGGUUCGGUGGUCUAACUGGCGCUGGCCAUACAAUUGUCUCAGGAUACGGCCUGCAGUUUGCUGUUCUUCUCAUAUCCGUCCGAUACUGGUUUUAAACCGUUGAACAUUUAAAAAUCCAUUUUUAAAUUUGAGAUCAUAACGACGUUUUAGCGUCCCAUGACAUAUUGCACUUGUUGUGCAACGCGUGUUGUUUUUACGAUAAAACUGGCAAGUUUUUUUACAUCCGAA